CCAUCAGAGUACGAUCAGCCACGAUCAAGUGAAGUUCAAAACGCGUUUCAUACAUCUCCCAUAUCGCUACGCAAAUUUUUUUCUCUACAAACAUGAAUUGCAAACAUUUAACGGUAGCAGUUAUCGCUGCGUGUACAGUGAUAACCUUUACAAUCAUUGGUGUGACACAAGCUAAACCUUUGGAUCUUUACGAUGAAAUGAGUGACCUCUUCGAGGAAAUGGAUUUAGAUGAUAUCGCUCCAAGGAAUUCAGCUCGUCACCAGCCGGAGAAUUUCUGUAAGAUGCCAGCUAGAAAAGGUGUUUGCAGAGCUCUGAUACCGCGUUGGAGUUAUGACCCCAUUGCAAAGGAAUGUCGUGAAUUUAAAUUUGGAGGCUGUGAUGGCAAUGAUAACAACUUUUCAAGCUUUAAAUUGUGCAUGCAGACUUGUGGUGGUUAUUGAGGAAGCUGCUGAAUUAAAAAGGCCGAGAGUUUCUAAAUAGAAAAUAAGGAAAAAAUAUAGUGUGUGUGAUUGUUUUUUAAUUUAAAUUGUGUGAAUGCGAUGUGUUAGGAUUUUAUUUAUUUUAACAAACAAUUAGUUGUGUAAGUUUAUUGUAAAAAUAAAAA